GAUAAACAUUGCUUAGAAGAACCAAGCACAGCGCUCAAUACCACGGAGAAAUGGACUCUUCGCCGUUCAUAGAGAAGCCGAUGGACGCUUCUGUUGAGCUAAACAAGUUGAAAUUCCAGCUAAAAGAUCUCCAAACAGAACUCUCCCUGAAGAAGAUUGAACAUGAAGAAGAGGUCCAUGGACUGAAGAAAGAGCUGGAGCAGUGCCAAUUGAAGUCUCACCAGUUCGAAUCCGACUCCAUUUACUACUACACACAGAAUAAGCAGAACUGCGAGAAGCUGGAGUCUAUGGAGAAGGAAUGCUGUGGAAGAACCACACGUUUGGAAACCACUAUUGAUGCGUUGAAGAAGGAGCUCAAGAGCUUGAAGUCGGUCGAGGAAGCCAAUGAGCAAUUGACCUCUGAGUUGAAGCUAUUGCAGCAGCAGCACUCUAUGUGUAAAGAACAGCUCAAGGACUCUGAAUCGGUUCGGGAUGGAUUGCAAAAGGAGGUUGAUUCGCUUCACUCUGAUGUAACGCAUUGGAAAUUACAAAAUGAGCUGAAACAGGAUGAAGUUCUCAAAUUACAGAGACAGAUACAAACAGUGGACAACUCCGAAGAGUUGAAGUCGAUCUCCAAACAGUUGUCGAAUCAAGUCAGUUAUAUCAAAGAACUGGAGCUGAAGAACUUGAAUCAAGCAGAAUCCUUGAAACAGCUACAGCUGCAAAAGCUGAACAAUGAAGUUCUCCAAAAUGAAAAUAGGUCAUUCCAGGUUAAACUACAGUCUAUGGAUAAAUUGAAGGAUGAACUGGACUCAACAACUCUGGAAUUACUCCAAUUGAAACAGGAAAGCUCUAAAUGGAAUUUAUAUUUGGACAAGUUCCCAAAUAUCGAAGAGUUACUACCAAAGUUUAAAUCCUUACAGGAUGAGAAUCUGUUGUUGAAAGAUCAAUUGAACAAGCAAACGUUGGAACAAUCCCAAUUACAGUUUCAAUUGAACAACAUUAAAGUGAAAUUGGAGAACCAGGAGGAUGAGAUGACCCGGGUAAAGUCAAACUGGGAAAACGUUCUUAAGAUCAACCAUGAAUUGGAACAACAACGUGAUCUUUCCCUUGAAGAGUCCAAAUACUUGAGACAACAACUUGGGUUGGAUGAUGGCGAUGACAUGACUGAAUACGUGAAGAAUUUAGAGACUCUUGUGGAUAACUAUAAGGAGAAAGUGGACGAUUUAACAAAAUCAUUAUCCAAAGGUAACGUUGAAGUACAACAGAAGAAACGUAAACUAUCAACAUCAGCGGACUUUGAGGAUUUCCAAUCCCUGAAACAGUUGAAUGGACAAUUGCAAUUGGAGAUGUCACAAUUGAUGAAUGAAAAUGCCCUUUUGAUCAAGCAAUUAGAGUCGAUCCAAGAUAUAAAGGAGCAGAAACUGAGGAUACUACAACUCCGUGAUAAUCCGUUCACUAAAGAUCAGUUUGUGAAAAGGAAACAACUGGAACUGUUACAGAAAAGCAACGAGUCACUGUUGAAUCAGUCACACCUGAAAGAAGAUGAGAAGGUCCCCAAAGCAGUCUACGAAGAGCAGAACUUUGCCAUUGUUCAGCUACAGGACCAACUCGCCAAUCUACAAAAGAAGAACCAAAGGCUUCUAACCACGUUCAAGGCCAAGUCUUCAGAACUGUUGGCGUUGAUAAAGCUACUGUUUGGCUACCAAGUGACACUGCAAAGUGACGAUAAAGUAAAGCUCACUUCAAAAUACUCCAAAUUGGGCAACUCCAAUAUUCUAAUUGAUCAUAAGCAGAUGACGUUGAAACGAACAGGUGACGAUGUGGACUUCAACACCAAAUUCGAUGACCUGAUUGGCUAUUGGAUCAAUGAAAAAGGUGAGAUUCCAAUGCUUUUGAGUGCCCUGAACAUUGAGCUCUAUAGCAACCUGGAGUGACUGGUACGGGCAACAAAAAGUAAACAAACAUCGUCGAAGGGUAUACAACAUUGAAUAAUUUGUUAAUGGUUAUAAUCCCAGUAGGUAACUG